UCAAAUAGCCAUGAGGAGGAAGAAACCAAAUAUUCUCUCCCAUUUCUCUCUAUUAAAUCACAAAUUUAGAGGGAAAAACAAUAAUUGCUCGUGUAAGUUUAUUAGACUCUUGUUCUUCCUUGUCAUGGUGAUGAUAUCGCAGCUUCCUAGUUUCAACCCUGUAAAUCUCCAAGUCCAGGCAAAGCUUUCCAUUCUUGAAUUGAGUCAUAAUCGUCGAAAAUGUUUAUCAAAUUUAUCGUCCCCUUCACGAAGCCUAUUCGUAUCGAAUUCCCAGCAACCUCAAUAUCCCAUCUCAUUAUCCCCUCCAGUAAAUCAGAGUGUUGCAGCCAUUGUGUUUGGAGACGGAUCAGAGUCGAGGCUCUAUCCAUUGACAAAGAGAAGAUCAGAAGGAGCAAUUCCUAUAGCAGCAAAUUAUAGGAUCAUUGAUGCAGUUGUGAGCAACUGCAUUAACAGUAACAUAAACAAGAUAUAUGCCAUUACACAAUUCAACUCUACAUCUCUCAAUUCUCACCUCUCAAGAGCUUAUAAUGGACUAGGCCUUGGCAGAGAAGGCUUUCUUGAAGUGAUUGCAGCUUAUCAGAGUCCUGAAGACCAAGGCUGGUUUCAGGGAACUGCUGAUGCUAUGAGAAGAUGCUUGUGGGUACUGGAAGAGUUCCCGGUAUUGGAGUUUUUGAUCCUUCCUGGCCACCAUCUCUACAAAAUGGACUACCAGAAACUAAUAGAAGCGCACAGGAGUAGCCAGGCAGAUAUAACCAUUGCAGCUUUGGAUUAUAUUAGAGAACCAGACCCAGGUUUUGGCCUAUUGAAAGUGAAUUCACAAAAUGAAGUUGCAGAGUUUAGCUUGAGAUCAGAGAAGGAGCCAAGAAUUGCAACCUCAGUAAAAAGCUCCAGAAAAUUUAAUGAUUCUGCAAAUAGAAAGUUGUCCAGUAUGGGGAUCUACCUAGUUAAUAGACACGUUAUGACAAAGCUUCUAGACACUUACUUUCCCAAGGCAAAUGACUUUGGAACUGAAGUGAUACCUGGUGCGAUAUCCACUGGAAUGAAGGUUCACGCUUAUCGGUUCGAAGGAUACUGGGAGGACUUGAGUAGCAUUUCAGCAUUUUAUGAAGCAAGCAUGCAAAUCAUAAAGAGAUCAAACAUGGGAUAUAACUUCUGUGAUAUAGACUCUCCUCUGUACACCAUGCCGCGCUAUCUCCCUCCAACUACCAUAACUGAUGCAGACAUAACAGAUAGUGUUAUUGGAGAUGGUUGCAUUCUCAAUAGGUGCAAGAUCAAAGGAACAGUAGUUGGCAUGGGGACAAGAAUUGGAGAUAGAGCCAUAAUUGAAGAUUCAGUGAUCAUGGGCUCUGAUUACCAAAUAAAGCAUAUUCAGAAGAGUGGAAUUGAUGUGAAGGGCAUGGAUAUUCCAAUAGGAAUUGGUGAUGAUACUCAGAUAAGGCAAGCUCUAAUAGACAAGAAUGCAAGAAUUGGCAGAAACGUAAUGAUCAUUAAUAAGGACAAAGUGCAAGAAGGCAGCAGGGAAGCUAAUGGGUACAUAAUCAGUGAAGGAAUAGUGGUUGUCCUACAGAAUGCAGUGAUCCCAGAUGGCAGCAUUUUAUGAUUUUAUUAAGCAUGUUCAUUGUUAUUUUUCUCUGCUUGAUUCUUUAAUAAUUAAAUCACCAUAAUUAUGUAGUUUCAGAAUUGAAAUGUACAUACUCAGAAGAGUACAACUGAAGAA